CCUCCUCUCCUCUCCUCUCCCAUCGUGCCCUUUCCCACCUCCCCCCCUCCUUCUCUUUUGGCAUCUCCCUUCCCCGACUGGUUUGGACGACGUAUGGCACCAUCGUAUAGUGCGUCUCCUCCCCACCGUCCUCUUCUUCCCCUCUUCGACUAACCGCCCUGCCACACACACCUCACAAGCCAUGUCGUCUGGCAGCAGCAUCUGGGAUUACAUCACCAGUUACCGACUGACAUUUGCCUAUCUGACUCUAUACCAUCGCCGUGAAUGUUCGGGUGGCACUGAACCUCCGUAUUGGAAGCGAAGGUAUUGCGGUGACUUCCGUGACACCGACUCGGUGUACUCGUCCCACCUCACCCCCCCGAUCGCGGUCACAGCCAUCGCGCUCUGGGUUAUGUUGAUGUCCGUGAUUGCACCGCGAGCCUCUGGCAACCCAGCGGCUCGUACCUACAUAUCCCGACGGUGCAACUGCAGAGUGCACAGAGGCCGCCUCUCUCCAAGACAAAUCAAAGCCACGGGACGGCUCAUAGCAUCCGGCGCUUCUUUCUCAGACCUGCAUGGACUCCAACAAGCCUCGGGGCAAAUCAAUGGUCUUCCACGGCUCGCUGCAUUACGCCACAUGCAUAUUUGGAAACAGAAGCCACUUCGGUAGCUGCAGGAAGACGAGGAGAAAAACGCGACUGUGAUGCGCCGCGGGCCACCGGCAAACGCCAUCGACUCCCGCCAAGUAUCGACAAGUCUUUCGCUGGCAAGGAUUCUGACAACUCGGCUCGGGAGUCAAUGCUCGCCUAUAGCCAAGAGGAUUCCCCCCCCCCCCCCA